AUGGCUCCAGGCGUGCUGCACCGCGUGAUCCACGGAACGCCGGACCCCCAACCAUGGCAAAGGGCGCUACUAACCUUCCGGCCGGCACUGCUUCAAGCGCACCGGCGCCACCGCGUGCGACACGCCGACUAUCCAGCAAUCCUCCCCCACCCGGGGUCGACCGUGCGCGGCACGCUCGUGACGGGGCUGACGGAGGGCGACAUCUACCGGCUCGACAUCUUCGAGGGGAGCCAAUACAGCCGGCAGUCCGUGACGGUGCAGAUCCUCGGGCACGAUCUCGGGCUAGACGAGAGCGUCACGGACGAGCAGACGGCCGGGCUGGUGGCCGGGGAAGCCCAGGCGGAUACGUAUAUCUGGCGGGGCGGGGAGGACACGCUGGAGGCGCAUGAGUGGGAUUUCGAGGUGUUCAAACGCGAGAAGAUGCGGGCGUGGAUGGGCGUUGCGGGGACAGGGGAGGAGAAGGGUGGGGUUGAGGUUGACGAGGGCUUUGCAGAUGUCGAUCGUGCCGUAAGAGAGGACGGGUGGAUGCGGCAAGGAGACAGCAACAAGAAUUUGGCGCAUGAUCCUAUGGGAGGAAGGGGCGCGAAUGGCCAUAUCACGCAGCAGCUGGAGAAGGCUGCUGUAUAG